AUGUCGAUGCUAAUGGCGGUCAAAACCACCCCCCUCUGCAGCAGCUUAAACCUCACGGGUUCACCCAGAUUCCGACAGAACCCUCGUGGGGCCAAAAUAGUGAAUCCGACGGCGAGAAUCCAGACACGUAUCCAUCGUCUGAUUGAGGAACAAGGCAUUGUCCUCAUGCCUGGAUGCUACGACGCCUUAUCGGCCGCCAUCGUAGAGAAGACCGGAUUCUCCGCCGGUUUCAUUUCCGGUUAUGCCCUCUCCGCUUCUCUAUUGGGAAAACCCGAUUUCGGUUUGCUAACGCCGCCGGAGAUGGCUGCGACGGCAAGGUCGGUGUGUGCGUCAGCUCCAAAUAUACCCAUCAUUGCAGAUGCUGACACUGGUGGAGGAAAUGCGCUUAACGUUCAAAGAACGGUAAAGGAUUUGAUCGCAGCAGGUGCUGCUGGUUGCUUCCUUGAGGACCAAGCAUGGCCAAAGAAAUGCGGUCAUAUGCGAGGCAAACAGGUUAUAUCUGCAGAAGAACAUGCUGCCAAGAUAGCAUCAGCGAGAGACGCUAUUGGAGAUUCUGACUUCUUCCUUGUCGCAAGAACAGACGCACGUGCUACUUCUGCAAAAUCAGGGCUUGAAGACGCCAUCGCGCGUGUAAAUCUCUACAUGGAGGCGGGAGCUGAUGCUUCCUUUGUGGAGGCACCGAGAGACGAUGAGGAGCUUAAAGAAAUCGGAAAACGCACAAAGGGUUACAGAGUUUGCAACAUGAUUGAAGGAGGGGUCACGCCAUUGCACACCCCUGAGGAGCUUAAAGAAAUGGGCUUUCACUUGAUUGUUCACCCGUUAACCGCGCUCUAUGCAUCGGCUCGAGCUCUGGUCGAUGUUCUCAGGACCCUUAAAGAAAACGGAAGCACUCGGGAUCACUUGCAAAAGAUGGCUACUUUUGAGGAAUUCAAUAGUUUGGUGGAUUUAGAGUCAUGGUUUGAGCUUGAAGCUAGAUACUCAAACCUUAGGAACGCUCUUGGGACAACCAAACCAUGA